UUCUUUUUAUUAGAUAGAGAAUUUCUCUCUUCUAAUUAUACUGGCUGAGUUUCUUAUGGUAAAUAAUCAUGUUUGUACUCAAAAUAAGUUUUCUUGCAGGUAAUUCCUUGUUUAUAAAUAGUGGUGGUGAGGAAGUAGAUGACGGAAAAAAUCAUUAUCAUAACGAUACCUCAUUAUCAAGUUUUAAUCUUAGUCCAUCUGAGGAUUGGGCUUAUAGCUAUGCUGGGGACUACCUCUGGGCAAAAGUCAAUGCCAGUACUUUAGUAAGAAACUUGACGUGUGAAAUUACUAACUCUAAGGCAAACAUAGACAACAAUUUUCGCCUUGCUCCCGUCUCUCUAACGUAUUAUGGCCUCUGCUUGCGUAAAGGCAAGUACAUUGUGACACUUCACUUUGCUAAAGCAUUAUAUUCUAAGAGUGAAGAUUACAGCACAUCAGGAAAACGAGUGUUUGAUAUAUAUAUUCAGGGAAUGAUUGUAAAGAAAGAUGUCAACAUAAAGGAAAUCCCUGGGAAAGAACAUGAAGAAAGACGACUACAAUUCAAGGUUAAAAUAAAUGAUGGUUCGUUAGAGAUCAAGUUCUUCUGGGCUGGCAAGGGAUCUCUAUACAACCCACCUGGUCUCAAUGGACCUCUCAUAUCAGCUGUUUCGAUCACUCGUGUUCCCAGAAAACUGCAUGAUUGGGAAAUUGCGUUGAUUGCAGUAGGCUGUAUUUUGUUUCUGCUGCUGUUGUUGGCCUUCAUGUGGAGAAUGGGCUGGAUAGGAGACAGAGAAUUGCGAGAAACCACAGUGAAGAUUGGAGAAAGAACUUUCACCCUUAAGCAGAUCAUUGAUGCAACAAAAAAAUUUAGUCCCAAGAUGGAGCUUGGUAGCGGACGUUCUGGGAUAGUAUACAGGGCUCAAAUAUUGCAAGAUCUGACUGUAGCAGUGAAGAAGCUAUUCGCUCAAUCAAAUGCAGUCGAUGAAAUAGCAACUGAAGUUUAUGUCAAGAAAGCCAAGGAUUUGAAACACGACAACAUUGUUAAAUUGCUUUAUAUUUAUUCAAGAAGGCACCUACAUUUACUCAUCUACGAAUUUAUGGAAGUUGGCUCGCUCUGACAAGUUUUAUUUGGUACAAAUUCCACAGUGCGAAUUGAUUGGCCGAAAAGAUUUAUAAUAUGCAAGGGAAUAGCGAAGGGUUUGAAGUAUCUUCAUGAAAGGAAUCCUCAAAUAAUACACAGAAACAUAAAAGCCAAUAAUAUUCUGCUUGAUGCAAGUUGUAAUCCGAAAAUAUCAGAUUUUGGAUUGGCAAAGCUUUACGAGGAGGAGGAUCCACAUGUUGCGGUUAGGGCAGCAGGAGGAGGAGGAGGAG